CACCCAGAGUCAGAGUAAUGUACAACAUAAGACGAUGAAGGAGACGGAAUUGGAGAGGCAGGCGAGGAGGGAAAGAGAGAGUUGGGACAGGUUUAGAAGGGAUAGGAAGGAAGAGGGGAUACAGGGAGGUGGAAGUGAUUGGGAAAGGGGGAAUGAGAUUAUCAUCAAUGGAGAAAGGUACGUUAAACAGGAAAAAGGGAAUUCUUACUCACACAGAAAACCACCUGGUCCAACUCCUCCUUCUGCUGCCGCUGAGAUUGCAGCCGGUGAUGAUCGAGGACGGAUGUCGCAAAUACUGGGUGAUCUGUUAGAAGAAGUGAGGGCAAGACUGCCACUGAGAAACAACCCGGCUACUGAUAACCAAGAGCCUGAGCGAAAGGUGAAGACAGAAGAAGAGGGAGUGAAAAUAAAGAGCCAGCCAGCACCAGUACCCUUGUGGAAAUCAUUCCUGGGACUGAACUUGGGGAACGGCUCCGUUCCGCCGCCGCCGCCUUCUAGUCACUCCCGUUCUGCCAGCGGUUCCAAUCGCGGACAAACGUUGCCGAAGAGAAAAUAUCCGAAGAAGAACACGGCCGAGAUCAUAGCGGACGUUAACGGAUGGCCAAGUCCAUCUCGUCAAGCAUAUCAAGAAAGAUGUUCUUGGAGAAGCGAACGGCCUUCAGGGGUCGAAUUUGCUUCGCCUUCUGCUGUACCAACCCCCACUCGCCCCAAGGCUUCAUAUCCUCGAUCCUAUCCUCCUCCUCCAACGGUCGUGACCAUUCCCGAGUCGGAAUCCAGCAGCUAUCAUGCUCCAGAGUCGAAGAAUGGGGAUCCUGCCCAUCGCGUAUACCGAGUCCCUUCCUACCGCAUGAACCCAACUGGCGAUCCGUAUUCGCAACAACAUCCCUCUGCUCCCACCGCCAACACGCGUCGCCGUCGCCGCCGGGGUCUUGGUGAAGACUUACCAACGGUACCAGAGAACUGGGGAACAUCCUCUUAUGGACGUGGUCCUGGUGAGUCGCCAAAGUACAAUCGCUAGAAGGGAUUGGACGAUUAUUUCCCGCCACGCUGGACUGAGGAGGACAAGGAGAGGUGGAUGGAGAGGAAGAGAAGAGAUGCGGAAGCCGAGCAAUGGGCCAAACUUGUUCCAGAGGCCAGGAAAAGGGAACUGUGGAGAUUGGGAGAGCGGGUAGUGAAGGACACCGAGGCAGUGAGGGUGUUGAAGUCUCAGAAGGGAAGUCCAUUCGUUCGGC